AUGACCUCCCAACUCAUGGUAAACUUGGGUCUCUCCCAGUCCUCCAAGGACCCAAACUCCAAUCCUCCCCGUCCCAGCUGGCCGCCCAGUCGCCCUCUUUCCUUUCUUCCCACUUCACGCCCGUUCGUCCCAGCCCUUGUUACUUUGCUCGUUAUCAACAGCGCCAGCAUACCGAAGCCUCCACCCUUCGUCUCGAGUACAUGCGAACUUUCCGCGCGACGGUACCCGCAACUGCGAAACGACAAAUCCCCCCUCUCUCGAUCGCCCCUACUCACACAAAAACCCAAAAGGAUCCGUACACGCCUCGACUUUAGGAACAAACAUCACGUCCAUGAUCUCGGCCAAUCCGAUUUCGUGCGACUACCAUCGAUGCCAAUCCUGGUGACCGUCGGAACCACCGCGCUACCGCUGCUUCCUCGCCCGCACUUGGUGAAGUACCAUUCAUGA